CCAAGCGACAAGGAUUCACCGUCAGGCGAUCCAAGAUGGCGGCCAAACCUGGUUCGAUUUUAUGAAGAUGCCCAGAUAAAAAGCGAGAACAAAAUAUGAACGUGCGCUAUAAACUUCGUGUGUGGUGAAUUCUUCAUCUCUGAGGAUACAAAGGCCAUAGGUCUUUAUACAUGCUUCUUGCUAUUCAUUCUUUAUAUAUAUAUAUAUAUAAAUUAAAUUGUGCAUAGUUAAAAUAACUUGUAUUCUGUUCUUAAUGCUACACAGAUGCAUGGUUUGCAUGCGAUAGAUAGGGGCACUUUUCGAGAGUAUGGAAACAAAUAUGUCUUCUGCGCGUUGAGGACUUCAAAGGGUUGGAGAUUAUGUGCCAUUCUGAUGUUGGUGCGGAUUUCGGUUCUGUUUCGUAUUCGUUGCUGAGGAUAUCGCUGUGCCCACCUUGUGGAUGAUGUCGCAAUUCGUGUGCUUUUUCUCUUGAGGAUCGUAGAGUUGUAGUCUCGUGUGGACACCACAGCGUUAGGAUGGACAGUCUUCGAUCCCUAUUAUGUCAUCGAUUCAGCCAUGUUGUAGCUAGGCGGUGAAGACACAACUCUCUACACUCAGGUAAAAGUUAUUGGACCAAGCUAAGUCACACACAAUUAUUGUAGUCCACGGCUAGUUUCCUGUACUAUGCCUUUUCAAAAUUUCUUUUAAAGAUCUUUCAGUGAAGAUUCCUAUUUCAAACACUCUGAACUAGAUUUACCUUAACUCUUUAACUGCUGUUUGUUUGAAAAGAAAAUGUGGACAUUUGACUGAAAAAGGUUUUAUCGGUGGUCAAAGUGUUAAGAUUAAAACGCAGCUAUGUAACACUGAAUUUGAGUGACACUCCUAAGUUGGUAUGCUGAGGCCAACCUCGACAUUAAACAUCGGGCGUGACUGCGAACCCGAACAAAACAAAUUGCUAGAUUUAGGCCGUGGUCAAGCUCCCAGUGGCCAUGGCAGCGCAGAGAACGUCUGCGAGGUGGACUCUGGUUCAGUUCUCUGCAUACUUUACCUUCGUCUUCACUUGCUGCAUCGUGGCAGCUGUCGCCCUCGCCGGCGUGGUGGACGACGGAACAGCCGUGGCACCAGAAAAUGCCAGGAAACAAGUCACCACCAACCUCGGCAGGUUUCAGACUUCCCCUCUUCACCAAUCGUCCAUCACGAUACAAGCCAAAAUCACUUAUCUUCAAGCACGCACAAGCGGUCGCAGAAGGUUCACCAGAAUGAGCUCAUCUGGCCGGUCUCUUCCUUGGAGCAUAAAACGUAUUUUAGAACAAACGCGAAAAAAGCGUCAAAAUACCAUCGAUUCCCAAAACCGCAAUUGGAUAAGUGUAGAAGGCACCAAAAAUUCAAGGAUUUAUUCCUUAGAUGACACACUCAAACAGACAGAGGAGAUGAAGUAUCCAAGUAGAGCAAAGACUAAUUACCGAAACGUUUUUCAAGAUUUGCUACACCUUAUCAAUACCUCCCUUUCGCGGAAACACUUUUUUCUUUCCAAGGCGAAAAAUGAAUUGACUGAAUUGGGAAAACCACCCCAAGACAGUUUCGCAAUGCUGAAAGAGUUUCUCGCCGAUACACCCGUAACGUCGUUCUACGACGGAGCAGAUCUACUGAAAGCAAGCGAUACCCACGCUGAUAAUGUGUCGAUAGUAGACGCCUUGCCGUCUUCUUCUCGCGCUUGGGUUGUUACAGACAACGCCUGGACCUCACAAAACCACUUUGUGCCCUUUUACGGGAAAGGCAUCAUGUAUGCCAGCAACUCAACCCACACGAAACGGCACCCGAGGUCCGUGGAUAAUAACACCGACGAGGGCAAGUCGGAGGACCUUCUGCUGACCGAAGCCCUUCAUCACAUAGAGGAUAUCCGGUCCCAGGAGGCGCCCUGCGCUGAAACAGGGGAGAAAAUCGUGCUGCUGAAAAACAUGAAGCUGAAUACCCAGCACUUCCAUCGCUUCUUCGCCGACAUCGUGAAUAAGACGGUGCAAAUGGCUAACACCAUCAGUGACCUAUUGCUCUUUUCGCAUAACCCACCAGAAUCUUACAUGAAUGUCUUCUACGCCAUGACGCAAGCGCUCGUCGAGACUGGGCCGAUGGUGCGGGGCUGCGCCAUUGCGUUCAACAUAAGCGAAGGCGCGACGGCAUCCACUGCCGCCUCGGCGUCUCCGGCGAAACCGGACUCCCCGGCCCCCACUACUACGUCUGGGGCGCCCAAAAAGCCGCAGGUGGGAUCGUUGUUUCCCUAUUCAUACAGGACCCGUGACGGGGAAGUUGUGGUCACGGAUCUUUCCAAGAUUUACCACUUUCACCGGACGGCCUGGUUCUCCUUCCACGCCAACAAAUCCACCGAGGGUCUUAUGAAACCCAGAAACAGAAUCCUGACCAACAAGACCGAUGUUGGAUAUCUGUCUCCUUACAUCAGCAAGUGGACCUCAGCUGUCUCUGUCUCUCCAGAGGACGGCUUUUGGGCUGUGCCAUACUACGACUGCCAGUUGAAGAACUGGGUCAUUCAGUAUUCAGUACCAUUUUACCAACAAAACGGAAGUGUCCCGGAAUUCAAGGGUGUCGUUCUGUUAGAAGCUAACUUUGAGGCUAUCCCUAUCAACCAGUGUGCGUAUGAUGGCGGACUGUUCUCUGGUACACACCGUUGUAAUAGACAAUCUACUGAAUGCAAAUAUAUUCCAAGUUCUACGCUACAGUGGGGCAGCUACCUGUGCGUCUGUAAGGAAGGCUACAGUUUCCCGACACCCAACGCCGCCAACAAGUUCUUUGACGGCCGCUCCGUGGAGAGGGCCUACCUGGAGUUUGUAAGAAACGUCAGCUCCGACUACAGCAACGAAUUGAACUGCUUGCCCAUGUCGACGACUCCAGCCUCUACCACGCCGCUGGGUGGGGAGGGGGACCCCAUUGUUGCAUUUGACUUUUUAGUGAGGGGGAUACCCCUGGGGAUCCAGAGUUUCUGUAUGACGGUGUCUCUGGUGAUUGCAAUCGUCAUUCUGUGCUUCAGGAAGACAAAGGUAAUGAGAACAAGCAUAUGGGCUCUCUUAGAGAUGCUACUGCUGGGAGCAAUACUUCUUUAUGCCACAGUGGUACUCCAGUAUUUCGAACCUACUACCACGACCUGCCUGUUGUUGCCUUGGCUGAGAGAGAUGGGAUUCGCUAUAGUGUAUGGAGUACUUGUACUCAAAAUUUAUAGAAUUUUGGCAGAGUUCCAGUCCAGGAAGGCCCACAGAGUGCAUGUCAGGGACAAGGACCUCCUGAAAUAUUUAGCUGUGAUCAUGAUUGUUGUGAUAGCCUACAUGUCAGCCUGGACGGCGGUCAAUAUGGACCACCUCAGAAACAACAGCACCAUCCUGGAGAGGCUCUACACCAAAGACAGGCUCGCCUACACACUGUGUCGUGCAAUGUGGUGGGAUUACGUCAUAGAAGCUGGGGAGUUUAUCUUUCUGUGCUUUGGUAUCUACAUGUGUUAUUGUAUCAGAUCUGCCCCAACAGAAUACUCAGAGGGCAGGUUCAUUACAGGAGCCAUUUGUUAUGAAGCUAUCGUAUCAACUAUCUUCUAUAUACUUAGACAUAUGUGGUGGUAUGAAAUGCAUCCAGACCAUCUAUUCCUCAUGUUCUUUCUGAGAUGUCAACUGACUGUCACAGUCGUCUUACUCAUUAUUUUAGGUCCAAAGCUGUGGUAUGCUCACAGGCCUCCAGACGAAGAUCACGGUAGAUCGAGGGCGUACUCACAGUCAGACGUGCAGGACAGCUCGUCUCCUGAGACAAUGAAACUCAACGUAGGCAUCUCUUCCAAUGGUGAUGUUGAGGUAGGGGAGAUAAGCCUGACAGAAAUGGAUCCAGAGGAUAUUCGGGCAGAGCUGAAGAGGCUCUACACCCAACUGCAGAUCUACAAGACCAAGACCAUGAGGAAAGACAACCCUCACAUCUCGAAGCGCCGAGGAGGAAGGAAGCAAACCCACCGCCGCUUCUCUCUCCAGGCGUUUCACCACAAACAUCGCCACCACCACGAGCACGACCACGAGCACGAGAUGUCCAAGACACCGGAAGAGUCCACGAACUCUGCCGAAGCAAUGGCAUUCACGAUAGAGCCAAGCGUCAAAGAAGAACCUAACGAAGGGAGAGCACUCCCAUCUGUUAGCUUCAAGCCUGGACACAAGUGAUGCUUCUUUGCUAUGCAUGUAUAUAAUAUAUAUAAAUAUAACAUAAGUGUGUAAAUAUGGAUAUAAUUAUUCAUCUUCAUUGAAGUCUUUUUAUGCUUUUCAUUUUUUUUGGUUAUGAAGACAUAUACACUUAAACACGAGAAAUAGGCUUGAGAAAAGUCCAAGAAUGAACAUUUUAAAUGUCCUUUGCAGAAACAAAAUGAUAUAGGUCAAUCUUCAUAGGAGUUUGGCGUAUGUUUUUUUAGGAAGAUCUCCCUGCGUCAGUUAUCAGUUUCAGGACAGGGGAUCCUCUUAUCUCUUAAAACAUUAAUGAAAUUAAAGAUGCUUCUUCUAUUUGUAUGCUCUUGCACUGCUGAAUGGGUUUGACUUUGAUCCAACAAGCCAUAUUGGCUACUGACUUUGUGCAUGUUAUGCUGCAGACUCUUUACACACACUGCUCCUUUGUCAUUGUAAUCCUUUUUCUUGAUCCAAAUUUUGAUUUUAGAUGUAAUUUGAUUUUAUGGUUCAUUGUUUCCACUGUUUCAUCCAACUCUUCAAACGAAGAUUAGCUUUCUGUUUUCUUAUAAGAAACUCAAAACUUAUUCUUCAAUUCAAACUUUAGAAUAAAGUCUGAUGUUUUUUGCUAGUCUUCUGUUGAUAGAGUUAUCUCUCCUUGGAUAUUGUAACUCAUACUCACAGACCUAUAUAUAUAUUAUACCUAGACUGAAAAACAAAGAUUAAUUCACAUUCAAAUCGUUAUGUAGGUAACUCUUUUUCAAGCUGUAUGGGAAGUCGCCAUGAAUCCUGGAAAAUCGCUAUUUUUUGGCUUAGAAAAGUUAUAAUUUUUAGUUUUCAAAGUUUAGAAAUAACUCCAUCCCAUUUUGCGGAUUUUUAUUAGAAUGGGCUAUCAAUCACAUAUAUUUUCACGCAAUUCUAUGAUAUAAAGCCAUUUCCUUUUAGCUUCCAUUGAGAUAAUGUUUUGACAAUCUAAGAUCUAAAUAAUUCAAGCCUGUUGAUUUUAAUCAUCUUUUGAAUAUAGCUUGUACAUUUAAAUAGAUUGAUUACUUAGAUCUUUAUAGAUCUAGAUUCUGGAUAUGAAAAUUGCAAAAUAAUAAUUGUAAGACGAGUGUGCUGCUAUUUACGGUGUUCAAUGACUCAGACUAGUCCUUAUAAUGAUUAUACGUAUCAUAUGUUACAUAGGCUAGGGUUAAAAAAACAACAACUUAACAACUUUACUUCUUAUAACUACUUUACAAAACAACACCUUUUUUUUUAAACUUCUUUUGUGUAGUGUUAUGAGAUCUGUGCGUUCGGUCUAGGUAUAUUAUAUAUAUAUAUUUAUAUAUAUAUAGGUCUGUGCUCAUACUGUUAAUAGAGUUAUAGUUCGUUGAACAUUGAUUGCAGUAAUUUAAUGAGAGACUUCCCAGGAACAAACCAAAACGUUAAGAGCUGACAUAACUGUCAUGGCUGCUGCUAGGAAUGUUUCUAUGAAACAGUCUCUGCUCUCUGUGUCUCCAGGCAGCAACUUUGUAUUUGUGUCCCUUUCCAGUUCAAAGUAGCAACAAAAACCGGAAGUCUUUUUUUUACAUUAUCAAUAUAAAUUCAUUUAUGUUUUACCUUUUAAAUUGCACAUUUUUAAGGCAUAAUUAGAGAAAAAUGAUUGGCUACAUGACAGGCUCUAGUCACACUGACAGUUUAAUACUCCAGUGUGUUUUGCACAACAUAGAGAUAGAAGCCAUCCAUAUUGAUGUAUAUAAAGUUAAAUAAAAGGUAAUGUGUCCCUUUGAGACCUCUUAAGGGCAGUCGAUGCAAAGUUCAAAGCUGCAGACGACAAACUGAUGUUAAUGUUAUUAUGUGUGGAAUCAGUACGAGACCAAUAAUUUUGAAUUUUUUUUUGAUUUUCCCAACUAUUUCUAAAGGAAAAAAAAGUCACUUUUAGCUUGAAAAAACAAAAUAUUAUACUAAAUAAUUUAGAUUAGAAUUCAAAUGACGCUAUAAUUUCAGAUCAAUAAUUACUAUUUCGAAGAAAAAAAUGAAGAUUAUUUCUCCAAAUACAAAUAAAGGAAUACACUAUAAAAAGCAAUAGCAAAUCUUUAACAUGCAGAUACUGGUCUGUAUUACUAUUAUAUAAUUUGAUAUCUUAACACUUAGGUCCUUUGUCGUAAGGCUUGUUGCGGUCUAUGGGUUGGGAGGAGAGAGGUCGCUAUAUCUACUUUCUUGUGUUUUGGAAAGUCAUUAAUUAUGCUAUGUGUUCUCUCCCUUACAUGUAUGUUAAUUUUUUUACUUCCCUUGUUGUCUGACCCACUUAAAAGAAGCACAUACCUAGUUUGUUGUUAAGAAGUCAAUUAUAGUCACUAUUUGCCACCUUUACACAUGUCAUGUCUUCGAUUUGUGCUCUUUCUCAUCAUUUACUUUCUCAUUUUUUUUUUUAAAACGGGUAUUUAUUUAUGAACACAUGUAACCUUUGACCUGUUCACUAUUUAUAGACUUUGAAGUUUGUCAGACAGAGGUAGAGAGUACUCGGACACUGUGACACAAGAGGACAACCAGGUGCUGGGACACUGUGUCAUGCAUUAAAAAUAGGCGCUGCGACACUAUGUCGCGCGUCAUUGUCGCAGCAGUACUUUUUCAAUUAUCAUCGCAUAUUUCUAAAUAUCAAUAUAUCUGAUUAUCUGAUUUAUGUCGAAUUAAAGACUGAAGCUCGACACUCCCAGUAGUAGUAUGUUUACCAUCUUUUUCAAUAUAUCUAUAUAUAUAUAUAUAGUGAAAAAGACCGAAAACAUACUAUGCUAUUUGUUUGAACUAAAAAUGCAGCUAAUAUCUCGACUGUAAGCGGUUUAAAUGCCUACCAUAAGCUCAAACUGCCGUCGAAAAUACAAAACUUUCAAGAGUUUACUUUGACAAAUUGUCAUCAUCUCGACGCUCUGAAAUUUUUGCACAUAAACUCUUACUGGAUGACAACACAUUUUUUUAAAACUUCUUUAAUUUCAGAAAGAUCACUUAAUUAAUUAUUGCAUUAAUGCUUUUUUUUGUUCUACGUGAAUAGAAGUAAAAAGAAAUGGAGGAGCCUAUUUAGAUUCGAGUAUUUCUCUAUCUAGAUCUCUAUAUUUAUGUUUGAUGGUGUUAGAGCAUCUUGCAAAUAGCCCAUCUGUUUGCGAGUUCGAUCUUAUAGUGGCCAAUUUUUCUUCUUCUUUUCUAAUCAUACGAAAAGGAAAAAAAAAAGAAUAUUUAGUUGACUCUGUUUAAACAUGAAGUAGGAAAUGAUUUCUCAAAAAAAAUAUUACUUAUUUUUUACUCUAGAUUCGUUAAAAAAAAAACCCACUAAAACCAAAAUGUUAUUUUAGAUAUCAUUUAACAAUUUUUUUGUAGUUGGAUUAAAAAAAAAGAAAUAUAGCUACACUUAUAAAUAGCCUAAACUACAAUAUAAUAGUUACCAUAACUACUGGGAUGUUUACACAUUUUCAGUAGAAUUCGAAAAAAUCAUACGAUAGCCUUAACAAGUGCAGUACCAACUUUCAAUAAUUUCAACCCAUAUAACAAUGUGCCAAGUAAGACGACGCUUUGAACAGAGUGUAGAUCAAUCUGAAUGAUAGCUCGAUUAAUGAUAGCAAUAUCUUGUGUGUAUUCUCUGACGUAUAUAUUGACUUGAAUUG